AUGACAGGCGUACUUUCACCCACGGCUCUCCACCCAGCUCUUGGCAACCCCCAGGACCGAGACAGUAACGGCUACAGCACCAGUACCUUGUCUCCUGCUUCUAUUCCUUUGCCUGCUCCUUCGCCUCUUAAGAACACCACCUUCGCUCCUUCUGAAUCAGACUCUCGUCAAACUCAGAGUCAAUUGUUCGAGCAGUCAGGUCCGUUCUCAGCACCUUUACUUCCUGCCUUAUCUUUCUCUGACCAUCCUCAAGUACUGGACCCUUUAAACCCUCAACCUUCCCUUAAAGACUCCACUUCUACUGCCGCUUCCACUUUGUCUUCCGCCCAAGCUCAAGACCAGCAAGAGGAUACAACUCCGUUGAGCUCCUCUUCUUUGCUUGCUUCUCCUUCAUCAUUGCCUCUUUCAGCCUCAGAUCAGACCGCGUCGUGGGCUUCUUCUCAGUACCAAGCUCAUCGGUCUAAUUCUGGCCCGAGGGUUUCGGCUUCGGUCAUCCGCCACAACAAACCCGACGCUCUAUCUCUCGCACUCCCACCUUCUUCCCACAAGAUGAUUGCUUCAGUACAAAACUCAGAAGCUCAAGAGUCAGACUCUCAGUCUCUCUCACAGCCAGCUUCAUCUUCGGCUGUACCCGGUCUUUCCAACGUCCUCCAGACCUCAGGCUCUGCUACUCCUUCGCAAAGUUUGACUGAUGCGCUGAACGACCUCGCCAAAUCUCGCUUGCCUACCGCUGGUGCAACGCCCACUACCGCUCGCACUUACACCUCUAUUGCCAGCAACGACACAGCUACUUCUGACGCCGCAGCCACCAUCCUUGCCUCAACUCUCCAGUCUCCAUGCUUCUACCAUCAACGCUUCGCUGAUGCUGUUGAUAUCGGCAAGGUCCUGGAAGAGAUCAAGAACGAUGUUUCCAUGUCUCACUCGCGCCUCGUUGCGACUGCAACUGGUGUCCGAGAAGUUUCCAAGCAGCUCCAGCGCCGUCCCAUCAAGCGCGCUGUCCGCAACAUCAUGAUUGUCACAAAGGCCCGUGACAACCAAUUGGUCUAUCUCACUCGUGAGCUUGCUGGCUGGCUCCUGCGAACCCCACGCUACGGCUCCGACCUCGGCGUUAACGUCUACGUCGAUGCUAAGCUCCGUAACUCGCGACGCUUCGAUGCAUCUGGUCUGCUUAACGAGAACCCUCGCUUCCAGCACAUGCUCAAGUACUGGACUCCCGAUCUGUGCUGGAGCCAGCCUGAGAAGUUCGAUCUUGUCCUCACCCUUGGUGGUGACGGUACAGUUCUCUUCACAUCUUGGCUCUUCCAGCGCAUCGUCCCCCCUGUUCUCUCAUUCAGUCUCGGCAGCCUCGGCUUCAUGACGACAUUUGAAUUUGAGAAGUACAAGGAGCACCUCAACAGAGUUAUGGGUGAUGACGGUAUGAAGAUUAACCUUCGUAUGCGCUUUACCUGUACCGUUCACCGCAACAACCGCGGUGCUGGAGCUCUUGACGCACCCAAGCUCGAGGAGCCUGAGCAAUUUGAGGUUCUCAAUGAGCUCGUCAUCGACCGAGGCCCUUCACCUUACGUCUCUAACCUCGAGCUGUAUGGUGACGAUGAGCUCCUCACUGUCGUACAGGCUGAUGGUUGCAUUUUCUCCACUCCCACUGGCUCUACUGCAUACUCUUUGUCAGCCGGCGGUGCCCUCGUCCACCCUGAUAUCCCUGCCAUUCUUCUCACUCCUAUCUGCCCUCAUACUCUCUCCUUCCGACCCAUGGUCCUUUCCGAUACCAUGGCUCUCCGAGUCGUUGUUCCUCGCAACUCUCGAGCCACUGCCUACUGUGCCUUCGAUGGCAAGGGCCGUCUCGAACUCCGACAAGGAGACUGUGUCACCAUCACUGCCUCUCAGUACCCCUUCCCUACCGUCACACGCACCGACAAUGAAUGGUUCGACAGCGUCAGUCGCACUCUCCGCUGGAACGUCCGUGCUUCUGCCCAGAAGCCCUUUGACGCUGACGUUACUGAGGACGGCAAGGACGAUGAUGAGGUCGGCUGGGAUAUCGACACCGAUAGUGCAUGCUACGCCAGCGAGGAUGGGAGUGUUAGUGCCAGUCCCAUUCGUCGUCAAAUGAGUCUUCUGGGGCUAUGA